UGUACGGUGAUAAACGGGUAUUUGUAUUGAUAUUAAUUAUAUUAAAUUUUGUAGAUCAAAUCCCAUCCUUCCUUCCUUCUUUGCCAUCCUGGAAGGAAGACCUUAAUUUCUCCCAAAAUCAGCGAGAGUGACUCGAAGAGGAAGAACCAGACAAGGGAGGGAGGGAGGAGGAAGAAAUUAACCAGAGAUCAACUCAGAAGGGUUGUAAGAGGAAGGAAGGAAGGAACCGGCAUUAAUGGCGGAGGACGAAAGACAAACGAUAAAUCUCAGCGAAGAGAGCGUCAAGUUGUUCGUAGGUCAAGUGCCGAAACAUAUGACCGAGGAACAACUUCUGGAAAUGUUCCAGGAGUUGGCUAUUGUCGACGAAGUCAACAUAAUUAAGGACAAGAAUACGCGAGCCUCUAGAGGUUGUUGUUUUAUAUUAUGUCCUUCCAGAGAAGAAGCGGACAAGGCGGUUAACGCUUGUCAUAAUAAGAAGACUUUACCUGGGGCUUCGAGUCCAUUGCAAGUGAAGUAUGCAGAUGGCGAGUUGGAAAGACUAGAGCACAAACUUUUUGUGGGGAUGUUGCCAAAGAAUGUUUCUGAGACUGAGCUUUCUUCAUUAUUUUCUCAAUAUGGAACCAUCAGAGACCUGCUAAUUUUGAGAGGUUCGCAACAAACAAGUAAAGGCUGUGCUUUUCUAAAGUAUGAGACCAAGGAACAAGCUCUUGCAGCAAUAGAAGCUCUUAAUGGCAAGCACAAAAUGGAGGGUUCAGCUAUUCCAUUAAUUGUGAAAUGGGCAGAUACUGAAAAAGAAAGACAAGCUCGCAGGGCCCAAAAAGCUCAAUCACAGGCUUCUAACAUGCCAGAUGUGAAUGCGCAGCAUCCACCUCUCUAUCCAGCUGGUUAUAUGCCCCCAUAUAAUGGAUACGGUUACCAGGGACCGGGAGCUUAUGGGUAUAUGCAGUACCGGCUUUCACCUAUGCAAAAUCAACAAUCGUUCCAAACUAUGAUGUCACCAUUGAACCAAGGACAUACAUUACGUGGUGCUAACCCUAAUCUUCCCCACAGUUUGUCCCCAAAAAACUCUAGUUAUGUAGGAUCUACUUAUCCUCCAGUUCCAGCACUUCAGUACCCAAUGCCAUAUCCUGGUGGAAUGAUGGGCCAUCAUAGGCCAUUGAUUGGAUCUCAGGGUCCAACACUCCCUGGAAGUGACAGCAAUCAAUCUGUAGCAUCAUCAAGUUCUUCUGGGGGUCAGGUUGAAGGUCCACCUGGUGCUAAUUUAUUCAUAUACCAUAUUCCCCAAGAAUUUGGCGAUCAAGAACUGGCAAAUGCCUUCCAUCAAUUUGGCAGGGUAAUAAGUGCUAAAGUCUUUAUUGACAAGACCACCGGUUUUAGCAAAUGUUUUGGAUUUGUUAGUUUUGAUUCACCAACAUGUGCUGAAAUGGCAAUUAAUUCGAUGAAUGGGUACCAGCUAAGUGGUAAGAAAUUGAAGGUUCAACUUAAAAGAGACAACAGACAAACAAACACGUACUGACUUUAAAUGGUAAGGGAAGGACACGAAGAAGUUGAGGAUACGUGGGCAUAAGUUAAGCAAUCAGAUAUUUGACUUAGGACUGAGGCAGUCAGUCUGUACUUAUCCAUAAUAGUUCCUGCCCCUAUUGGUUGUUGAGGUCAUUUAAAUUUGUAUUUGUUGGUUAACACACACUGUCAUGUAAUUUGUGUAACAUGGGAAUUUCAUUGGACGACAAUCAUUUAUUUAUUGAUUUUUCUCUCA